AUGAACAUCACAAAGGAAGCUGGCAGCAGAAGCUGUAUCAGUGGACCAUGGCUCAGCAACUCAUGUGAUAUGAACACAUCAUCCCCUAAUGGAACUCAUACUCACCUCCAGCUCCCCACCUUCUCUCCAGCCGCCAAGGCCCGAGUCAUCAUCACCUUCGUUAUUUUCACACUCUCAGCCUCCUGCAACUUGGCUGCUCUAUGGGCAGCUGCCAGAACAAGCAGAAAGAAGAGGUCACACGUCCGAAUCUUGAUCCUUAACCUGACCACCGCAGAUCUCCUAGUUACAUUUAUUGUCAUGCCUCUGGACGCCAUUUGGAAUAUCACUGUACAGUGGCAGGCGGGGGACAUAGUCUGCAGAAUCCUCAUGUUUCUCAAGCUCCUGUCCAUGUAUUCUUGUGCUUUUGUGACUGUGGUGAUCAGUGUUGACCGGCAGUCUGCCAUCCUCAACCCGCUAGCCAUAAAUGAUGCCAAGAAGAAGAACAAGAUAAUGUUAUCCGCCGCUUGGCUAAUGAGCAUCCUACUAUCAUUACCGCAGCUCUUUCUGUUUCAUACUGUAACAAUCACUGAACCACAGAACUUCACGCAGUGCACCACCAGAGGUAGUUUCCAGGAGCACUGGCAGGAAACCACCUACAACAUGGUGAGCUUCGUGUGUCUCUUCCUGCUUCCUCUUCUGAUCAUGAUAUCCUGUUACUCAAGAAUUCUACUGGAGAUCUCCAAGCGCAUGAGCAAGGAAACACUGUCUUCUAAAGAGGUUUACCUCCGACGCUCCAAGAAUAACAUACCCAAAGCACGGAUGAGGACUCUAAAGAUGAGCAUAGUAAUUGUUAGCUCCUUCAUCAUCUGCUGGACCCCUUACUAUCUCCUGGGCUUGUGGUACUGGUUCUAUCCUGAGACCAUGGAAGAGAAGGUUUCUCAGUCCCUCACACACAUUCUCUUCAUCUUUGGCCUUAUCAAUGCUUGUCUAGAUCCCAUCACUUAUGGACUUUUUACAAUACACUUUCGGAAAAACCUUCAGCGCUAUUGUGGAAGAAGAAGGACAUCAGACACUGACACAAGCUCCUCUGUUACGGGGUCAUUUCGCUGCUCAAUGUCAUCUUUUCGUGCUAAAAAGAUGAUCGUUUUGAACCAGGAGAUGCAAGUGUUUCAGUCUUACAAUGGCUAUUCAAACAACUUGGACUUGAGGACAAAUGGCCUUGGCAGCAGCUGCCCCUGA